GAAAUCGCGAUUUGCGUACGCAUACAUAUCAUCCACAAACACAUACAUACAUUUAUAUACUCGCUCGUAUAAGUGUAUGUAUUAAGCAGACAUAUUGUAAUUGUAUUUACAAACUGAAAGAUAAGCAUAAAUUUACUAAAUGUUGCGAUCGUUGUGCGGUGCCCUGUUGGCCUUCGUUUGCCUGUUCUCUACUGGAAAUUCCCAAGGGUCUGAUCUAUGGUCCGAUAUUCGAAGUCACCAGAACCAAGCUGAUCUUCAGAAAUUCAAUGCAAAUACGGCAAGAUCAACAGCUGCUCCACCGUAUCUGGCAGCAGCAGCGCCUUUGCUAUCGCCUGGCCUUGUCGCUAACAUUCCGGUUCGAGGGCCUUCCUUUGGAGCUCCCAGUGCUGGAAUAAGUGAUCAUGUGGAUGUCGUUGCCUCGGAUGAAAUCGCUCGAAAUGUUUUGGGAUUUGCGCAGAAUUUAUCCCGCCAGAUAACGAGCAGUUAUCGAAAGACAACAAUAUUCUCGCCGUUGAGCAUCAUGUCCGCCUUGGCGCUGCUUUUGCUUGGUGCCAAGGGACGCAGUUACUCGGAGCUGGUCGGCGUUUUUGGCCAAUCCGAUGUGGUUAAGCUACAUGAGCAAUUUGGCCUAUUGCUUAAUGAUGUCCAACAACCGACCAAGCAAACAACUUCACCACUCCGACAACUGGAUAAUUGGCAUAACGACAGCUUAAAGAGGAGUCUGAGAAAUUAUCCACGCAAUCGAAAUGCCCCCCAGGAAGUGCAUAUCGCCAAUGGACUGUUUGUCCAGCAGGGUUACAGUCUAAAUCCAGAUUACAGACAAGCCAUCACACAGAUCUACAAUUCGGAGCUGCAGGUUCUUAAUUUUGAAAGAGAACCGGCGACUGCGAAAUAUAAUAUCAACUCUUGGGUGGAGCAGCAUACAAAGGGCAAAAUAGAGAAUAUUAUAACGGAAGAUCUGCCCGAAAGCACGCGCAUUAUAAUGGCCAAUGCGUUGUACUUUAAGGCCAUGUGGGAGAUUGAUUUUAUAAACGGUGCUACCAAAGUGGAGAACUUCUAUCCCAAUGGCGAAAACACGCAGCCUGUGGUGCCUGUUGAAAUGAUGGUUGGAGCCGGUGCAUUUCCCUAUUAUGAGGAUUCCCAGUUAAACUGCCGGAUUGUUGGACUCCCAUAUCAUGGUAACCUUUCGACAAUGUAUAUUAUACAGCCCAUGAGAUCUUCGCUGGAGCAAUUGGAGUACUUGCAGCAAAGCUUAACAGCCGAUGCAAUUGAGAACAUGAUCAGCCAAAUGUCAAGACGUUCCAUAAUCAUGGCCUUCCCAAAGAUGCACAUAACCGAAUCUUUUAAACUGAACAGCAUACUGCAACGCAUGGGCAUCGGAGGAAUCUUCAGUCCGAUUCAAAAUGAUUUAUCGCUGAUUAGCUCAAGCGGAGUUACUACUGCUAAAGCGAUAGCAACAGAUCGCUCACAAUCUGACGGUUUGGCCAGCUUAUAUAAUCUGUCAGCACAGCGAGAAGCCGCAUCAUUAUCAAAAGUACCAACACCGCCCUCCGAUCUUAUUGUUUCGGAUAUUUUACACAAGGUUGACUUUGUUGUUAAUGAGCAAGGAACGGAAGCUGCCGCCGCUUCGGCCGCCAUUUUGAAAAAGUCUGGCCCCGAAGUGUUGUUCCGUGCCGAGACACCCUUCAUUGUGUUGGUGCGUCACGAUCUGACAAAGCUUCCAUUAUUUUAUGGCAUAAUUAAUGAGCCUCCCGCAGCCAAAGUGAGUUCAGUGUCUGAGAACUAGCUCACUAAGAAACUUUCCUACUUAAUUUAACUUAAGUAAAAUCAAGUCUGCUGCAGUGACUUGAGUGUAUGUAUUUAUAUGUAGUUUUCUGUUAUUAAAUUGACCAUAAACUGUGUAUAUGUUGAACAACAUAUAUUUGAAAUUGAUCCUAGAAAGUCAAAUAAACAAGACAAAUUAAA